CAUCGAAAGACUUGCCAUUCAUCCUCACAUUCAGUACUUCACCCUCAACAACAUUCUUACGCACUAUGGACCCUGCCUCUCUAAGUUUUGGAAUCCUGUCCCUAGCGAUGCAGCUAGUGCAGACAGUAAAAGCCGUCAAGGAAUACAUCGCAGCCUACAAAUCAGCGGCGAAAGAGCUCGAAAGCCUCGCCGACAAGCUUGACGAUAUCGAGACUAUUUGCUGCUCCUUGGAAGUUAUUCUUUCAGAUGGAACACGGAGAUUCAACACGCUGGAAGUCAAUCUGCUCCAGAAGUUACGUCGUAUCAUUCAGCAAUGUCUAUCUAAAGUCUCAGAUAUCCAUAAAAUUCUCAAUUCAAUCUCAAGAAUGCAGAAGAAUACCCGGAAUCCGUUGAAGACUGUUGGGGCCCUGUUUCUGCGGUAUAAAGAUCAGAUCCGCCUUGCCACGAAUGGACUGGACCGUUGCCUUUCCUCGCUUCAGCUGCAUAUGACAGCCAAUAUUCUGGCUGUGACUAUGACGUCCCACAAGGCUGUCAGGAGUCCUUUGCCAACCACAACUACUUCAACAGCUAGAGAAGCAAAGAGGAUAUCAGGUGUCAGAAAGCUUGACCCGUGCGACAAGCGUCCAACACGUCGAAAAAGCCCAGAAACUAUCAUCGAUACAUGGAGACAGGCCUGGAGCACCAAAGCUUUUGUACAAUGGACAAGAAGAACAACCAAGGAGGAAAUCUCAUCAGGCUCAAAAUCAUCAGCAAUUCAGGAUGAUUCUAUCUUCACGAUAGGCUCUUCAUUAUUGAGCUUGUACGUGAAAGUGUCGCUACGACGUGGCAACCUGGCCCCAUUUUGUAUCACCCUACAGAUACCUCGAGUUAUUUACCUCCAGGAAGGUCAGCGUCAGAUUGGAGAAAAAGUUGAGAUGGCCUUUAUGGAUGAUAACUUGGGCCAAAUUCAGGCUUUCUUUACUCAAGGCAUUCUGACGCCCGCAACGGUCAUUGCCUGGGAUGAAUAUGAUCCUGACAAUGAGACUUCUCUUCUGGGCCUGGCAGCUUUGACAAAAUCCCAGUCAAUUCUCAGAUUUCUCGCAACGCAAACUUUUGACCUAUCCAACAGAAACCAUAUUGGAAGCGCAAGAUACCUGUAUGCUUUUAAUGGUGAAGAUGGUCCUAGAUGCGUCCUGGAAUACAUCAAGAUACGGCAAGACUCCAUCUUGGCAUCUGAGUUUCACAUGAUCUUGCGAGGCAUUGUAGAUCCCUACAACGCCCAGAUAUGCAUAGAAGCAUGCAAGCCUCACUUCUCUGGUAAUAUGGUAGCCUUCAAUACCGCGGUCUGGAGAUACGCCAUGAAGCAGUUCAAGCACGAUUUAGCAGUGAACAUCGAAGGAUGGGCAGAUCUUAUUGCAGGUUGUAUUUCAAGAGGCUUGGAUAUCCAUCAACAGCUUCGGUCUGAUACUGAGUUCAGUGCCUUGAAAGACAUCCUAUUUUACAACUGGGACACCGACGAGAUAUUGGAACAUGUGCAUCGAUGGAUAGAUAUUUUGGAGGAAGCCGGCGUCAACAUUAAGGAAUAUCUCAUGGUCGAGACGGAGUGUUGUUUCGCGACGUGGCGCGAUACGCCAUAUUGGAAUAACAAGAAAACUGGUUCUUCAAACUACAGGCGCGUUCUCUUCAUCGAAGAGUCAAGAGGAAGACAAUUCCCAUUCUGGGCCCUCUUCAUCCAGGACGAAUGCCCUGUUAAGGAGCUGUUAACGGAACAUGAACACUUUGCGAGUCCGCUCACAUUGUACCAAGGAGGCUCGACACAAGCUUAUAUUGCACAGCAUGAAGCUUGGAAGGAGUAUCAGACCUUGGGGGUUCCGGGUGGAUCUGACAGACAUCGAAAAGGAUGGCCUUUUUGGCUUCCUCUUCGCCAUUACAACGAUUACAGUGCAGAAGAGGCAGAAUGGGUGGAUCGGGAAUUGCAGCUAGCCCAAGACAGGUUUGACAGGAGGCAAAAGCACAAGCAAGUUAAAGUUGGACAACAUAGGCAGAAACAGCGGAUGCCGAUGCCGGGAACUUGGGUAGAGGAUGUUUGAUGUUUGAUCGAAAUUUGUGUCAGCAUACUUUAUACCUGCUGAUAUAUGAAUGAUGAAAUAGUUCACAGGCUUACAAAAGUAACUAUGAUAUCCGUCUCAG